AUGACGCCGUUGUCAGGUGUAAGCGAGAACGCUUUGACGGUGUUGCGAGCAGCUCCAACAAGCCAAGGUGUUGUUCCAAGGUCCAAUUCCAAACGUCGCGUGAAAACCAUCUUCUUUACAUCUGACAACUCAUCCAUAUCUCUUCUGCUCCCCUUUCAGCCCUCUAUCUAUAAAUCAGACAAACUGCGGUUCCCACAUCUCUCAGAUCAGUCCGCCGGAAUGGACUUCUCAGACGUCUUUCGCAUUGUCAACUUCGCCGUUGCGGUCUUUAUGGUCCUCGGUGGAAUCACUAAAUUCAUUGGCUUCGAAGGCUUUUCAACAAUCAUUCUCGGUGUAUAUCUGAUUCUUUUCGGUGCUGCUACCGCUCUGCUCGAGAUCCAAAUCCCUCAACAAGUUGCCCGAUAUGCCUCAUUUAUGUUCUCUUUCCUCGGCCGUGGUAUCUUCUACGUCUUCAUUGGAUCCGUCGCGGUCGGCUCCCACUGGUACCAAUACGUUCCCGGUGCGAUUGUCGGCAUAGUCGGUAUCGGCUACGUUGUUCUGGAAUGGAUUCCUUCCAUCGAACCCCCGGCGAACAUGCGCGAUGCCGAUGCCGGGUGGGGCGCCGAGCAGGUCUAAACAACAGAUCACUCGUCCUGGGGAUGCCGCGCCAUGAUUCCCCGGAUCGCACAAAUGCUUCUGUUUGGACCCAGUGUUCAGCGUUGCGGGAAACGGAAAAGCUGCGAUUGUAGUGCUUUUCAUGUACACAGAUAUUGUGUUGAGCUGUAUCUUUUUGGGUGGUACGCUGGCUGUUAUGAUUACAAUUGUUAGUAUAUUGUAUGCUUGUGUCUCCUUGGCUAGGAUGGUUCACUGGGGAAUUAUCAAUAGACGGGGAAAGUAGUUGGGCUUGCGCCGAUUGUGUAAAUCCUGUUGU